CUGCCUGGAGUCCCCAACAUACGGCUCUUACUCCUAACCCAGAAUUUGUCCUCUCUCCUCUUUAACCUAAACCAAAAGUCAGGUUUUAAACUUUAGUCUAGUUCUGGACUGACAGACAGAAAUCCUGCUGUGUUCUCACUCUCCACCAGCACACACAUUCCAGUACUCCAGUCACGUGAGCUGCUGUUCUGUGGUCGGAGUUGAAGCAGUUUGUCCCUCGGCGCUUUCCAUCGCGGGCUUGUCCUGCAGUGUAAACAAACAGGGCCGAACCCACCGGAGUUCCCUGCGCUCGGUGCCGCUGCGCUGACAGCCUGACAGAUGCAGCUCCUGCGGGCUUGGAUUAGCGGGAAAGUCCGGGUUUAGAGCCUGAGCGAGCUGCAGCACAGCAGCGCUGAACUGUGGAGAGACUGAGGGCUGCGCUCAGCUUACUUUCUGUUCUCCAGGAAAAGCUGAACUAAAGGAAGAGACCAGCGGACUGACUCUCACACAGCCGCGGAUCCCUUGGAAACUUAGGAACACUGCACUGACCUGAGGGAUAUGCAAGUGGGGCCUCCUGUUCAGAACAUCUAAAAGGCCAAAAUGAAAGAAAUGAAGGUCAGACAUCGCUGAGGAUGGCAGUAGAUCAGCCACUCUGAUGGAAGGACAGAAAAGCUCUGAAGAGGAUGAAGCCUCCCAAAAGAGGGGGGUGCUUUACAAGUGGCAGGGUUACUCUUGUACCGUUAACCCAGAGAAGGUGCUCCUGCCUAGACCUGUGCUUCAGGCUGCCUUGGGGAUUAACCAUGGAGUUCUACUAACAGAAGGUGGACUUGUCUACAGCUUUGGAGAACAGCCAUGGAAGCAAGAUGUAAGAAGCCAGGCAGGGGACCCUGUCUUGGAGAGCUCUCUGAAGGACCUGCUUGUGGUCUGUGUGUCUGCAGGCAGCUUCCACUGUGGGGCUAUCACAGAAGAUGGUGGGGUUCACAUGUGGGGUGAGAACUCCAAUGGCCAGUGCGGUGUCUCUGGUUUGAGCUUAGUGCCUAAUCCUACCCGUGUCAGCAUCGUGGACAAUGAAACUGGUCCUCCAGAACAUGUCUGGACCCUGGAUGUGGCAUGUGGGGCCCAGCACACCAUAGCCCUGUCAGGGAAACAUGAGGUAUGGGCGUGGGGUACAGGCUGCCAGCUGGGCCUGGUCACCAACGUAUUCCCUGUGUGGAAGCCGCAGAAAGUAGAGCAUCUAUCAGGGAGGUACGUGGUGCAGAUUGCCUGUGGUGGGUUUCACAGCCUGGCUUUGGUUCGCUCAUUACCCCCUCCGGGGUCACAUCAUCAGUGCAUGGAUAAAUGUGGCCAGUGUAAGCAGCAGCGUUACACCAUGAUUGACAAGGACGACCAUGUCAUUAUUUCUGACAGCCAUUACUGCCCGCUAGGUGUGGAACUAACUGAUGCAAAGCAGGAUCAGAAAUCUAAGCAGGGAUCUCCAGCACUGACGCCAAAAACAGAUCUCUCAGACCUUGGGUUCUCUGAAGACUUCUGCCCCAGUCAGAAAGCUUUAGAUGGAUCCUACCAAGAAGACACAGAGGUUAAGAAAGAAGAGCUCCGCAAUGAACCAUCUUCUGUGUCCAUGACUGACAGCUCCAAAGCUCCACAGCAACACCUCACUAAACUAAGAACCAAAAGUUCUCCCUACCCUGACGAACAAGCUCUGAAAGACUACCUCAAGAGGAUGUCUGAUCAGUCCGUUACUGAGCAUUUCGAGACUCUCUCUAUGGCAGGGUCACGUCCUCCAAGCCGCCAAACAUCACUUAAGGAUCCGUACAGACUGGACCAGAGUGACAAACCCACAUUUCCUUCUUUAGUCAAACUCAGCACAAGCAAUAGUUUUGAACUCUCAGAUUUUGCACCAGUCACUUCACAAGAUAAUACACCACAUUCUUUAAUAAACAGCCCAAUUGGACAGGCUACGUCUCCAAUGGAGGAUUCUGUCUGUGAUUCCUUACAUAAUGACUCUGACAAUAAUGAGGUCGUCAGUCCUAGUGACCCUAUAACUACUAACGAUAGCGAGGAGGACACCUGUGACACAGGCUUGGUGCCUCUGAGAAAUCAUCUGUAUCCAGAUGAGUCUUUAGAGGCUGUAAACAGUGCCAGCCUCAUUGACGUUAGGAUUGAUUUCAAGGAGGAACAUAGUCGCAGAAGAUCUUUACCAACUCUACUCACAGAAGUAUCCCCAUUGGUUUUACAUCGGACAAACCUUUCCAGAAAUGGGGUCAGUACAACCUCAGAUGGCUCUGAAAAGGAGGAUCUUCUUCCUUCUCUGUUUACAGAGGUGUGGAGUUGGGGUAGGGGUCAAGAGGGUCAGCUGGGUCAUGGAGACGUCUUGCCCAGGUUGCAACCACUUGGCAUCAAGAGCUUGAGCAAAAUGGAAGUUGUUAAGAUUGUUGCUGGAUCAAAUCACUCCCUGGCCAUAACAGCUCAGUGUCAGGUUUACUCUUGGGGUAGCAGUAAAUUUGGUCAGUUGGGUAAUAUGAACUCCCCAAGCACUGUGCCUCAUCUUGUGAAGAUGUCAGACGGUAUUCGAGUGUGGGACGCAGCAGGGGGACAGACCCACACUGUACUGUUGGCUGAUGGAGACUGCUUCCAGCCCAUCCUGUACUACACUGGAGAGCAGAUUCAGCCACGAGCCGACUCUCAAACUGGAACAUACACUCAGACACCUGCCCUGCUGCCCUUCUGCAUGAAAAUUGGCUAUGUGAGCAGUGUAAUUGCUGGAGGAGUGAACUGUGCGGCUCUGGCUGAUCAGAAUGUGAUGGGGUUCAUUGCCACUUUGCACGAGCUGGCGUCAGCAGAGAGGAAGUUCUACUGCUCUCUGAGCAAAAUGAAGAGCCAAAUACUGCGACCCCUACUGGCUCAGGAGAAUCUCAAGUCAUAUCUGGGCAAAAUCUCCAUGCAUCUGUUCCAGAAAAUGGCAGGGUGUUUCAGUCGACUGUGCCAUCUAACGGGGCAGAACAGCACCUCUCUCACCCAGUUCCUGCAGCACAGCAGAGAUGUUAAAUCACUGGCUAUUGUGAGAAAGGCAGCCCUUUUCUUAGACACAUAUAAAGAUUACAGCGGCCCUGUAGGGAACUUCCUUGUAAUGGGAGGAUUCCAAGCCCUGGUGAAGCCCUCACAAGAAUGUCUCGGGAAAAAGCUGGACCUGAUACAGAAGCUGUUGGAGCUCAAAGAGAAAAAUGUGGCGCCCAGUGAUUUGCUACUGAAUCUGUUUUACAUGCCAUUGCAGCACCUGCGUGACUAUGGCAGACUUCUUCUGAAGCUGGCCACUUGCUUUGAUGUGACGUCGGUGGAGUAUCAAAGAAUUCAAGAUGGCUGCUUGCAGUAUGAGGUCUUGGCUCAUCUCCUAAGCAAACAGAGGAAAGAGGCAGAAACUACUCACACCUUUUGGAAGAACUUCUCUGGAAAGAGUUUGGAGUCCCUGCGGAAGCCGUCUCGUCGUUUAGUGUGUGAGAGCGGCAAUAAGGGCCUGACGCUACAGAACGCUGGAAGAUUCUCAGUCAACUGGUUCAUUCUCUUUAACGAUGCCUUAGUUCAUGCACAGGGAACCAUUCCAUCUAAGAAAUUUUUCUCCUCUCACUUUGUUUAUUCGCUGGCAACACUCUGGGUGGAACCCUUCUCAGACGAGUCUGUUGGCCUGCUGGGGCUGAAGCUGACGACCCCUGAAGAGAGCUUUGUGGUUCUGGCAUCUUCCCCUGAGGAGAAGGGAAAGUGGCUAUGGGCCAUCAACCAGGCUGUGGAUGAUGCAUUAGGAAUAGGCCUUGAUAGGAGGGGCAUUAGUUUCUCUGGCAGUCAGAGGGUGGAGCCUCCUAUCUCCCGCACUGCCACUCAUACCUUCACUAAAGAGGGCAGACUGAAAGAUGCUACAUAUAUUGGCCGCUGGCUCUCUGGUAAACCCAAUGGCAAAGGCACCCUAAAGUGGCCUGAUGGCACAAUAUACUGUGGCACGUUUAAGAAUGGCCUGGAAGACGGGUUUGGUGAUUAUAUGAUGCCCAAUAAAACCUUCAACAAGUAUGAUCGUUAUAAGGGCCACUGGAAGGAAGGCAGAAUGCAUGGCUUUGGAACAUUCUGGUAUGCUACAGGUGAAGUAUAUGAGGGCUCGUUUCAGGAUAACCAGCGCCAUGGCCAUGGCAUGCUGAGCAGCGGCCGCCUGGCCUCCCCGUCAUCCAGCAGCGUGUUCAUUGGCCAAUGGCUUCAUGACAAGAAAAACGGCUACGGGGUCUUUGAUGACAUUACUAAAGGAGAAAAGUACAUGGGUAUGUGGAUGGAGGACCAGCGUCAGGGGAGCGGUGUUGUGGUCACCCAGUUUGGGCUGUAUUAUGAGGGAGCCUUUAGUAAUAACAAGAUGAUGGGCAAUGGGCUUCUGCUGUGUGAUGAUGACACUGCUUUUGAAGGAGAGUUUUCAGAGGACUGGGUGCUGAAUGGAAAGGGAGCCCUGUCCAUGCCUAAUGGAGACACUUUUGAUGGCAUCUUUGUGGGCGAAUGGGGCUCUGAUCUGAAAGUAGCUGGAACUUUUAUAAAGCCAGGCCUUUAUGAUACUGAGAAGAAGGAGAAUAUGCCCUUGGUGGUCGGUCGUUAUGUAGUUCCUGCAGAGCAGAAGUGGAGGGCUGUAUUUGAGGAAUGUUGGAGCCGGCUGGGUUGCGAAACUCCAGGGCAGGGAGAUAACGAGAGAGCCUGGGAGAACAUCGCAGUCAUUCUGACAACCAGCCGCAGACAGCAGAAAGAAAGUGUGUGCAGCCCAGGUACUCUGAGCCGCUCGCAGUGUAAGAUGCUGGAGAGUUUGGAGGUGAUUCCUCAGCACGUGGGGCCGGUAACUGCUGAAACCUACGACACUAUCCGCCGCUACAUCGUCAAGUCAUGUGAUACUCCACUACAUCCUCUGGGCUGGCUGCUGGAGACGCUGGUCACCUUGUAUAGAAUGACGUAUGUAGGUGUGGGUUCAAACAGGAGGCUCUUACAGCAGGCGGUGCAGGAGAUCCAGUCCUAUCUGAAACGCAUCUUCGAACUGAUCGGGUUUUUGUUUCCUGGUCUGCCUGAAGAGGGGGGCUUUAUCUCUGAAUCCUCAGGGAGGAGGCCCAGUGACUCCCUGUGCAGCAGCAUUAACUCUGACACCGGGCAACAGGGCUGGAUCGUUAGUAGCUCCAGUCUGCUGAUGCCAGUUUUGUUGCCUCGUCUGUAUCCUCCUCUGUUCAUGCUGUACACACUGGAGCGAGAGCGAGAGGAGGAGGUGUACUGGGAUUGUGUGUUACGCCUUAACAAGCAGCCUGACUUGUCCCUUCUCACCUUCCUGGGAGUGCCUCAGAAAUUUUGGCCGGUCUCAAUCUCUGUUCUUGGAGAGAAAAAAGAGGUGCUGGCUAGCACUAAAGAUGCUUGCUUUGCUACUGCAGUGGAGACCCUGCAACAGAUCAGCACAACGUUCACUCCAGCAGAUAAACUGCAGGUAAUUCAGCUGACGUUUGAGGAUGUCACACAGGAAGUGCAGGCUGUGCUGGGCCAUGACUUUUUGUGGUGUAUGGAUGACCUCUUUCCCAUCUUCCUCUACAUAGUUCUGCGUGCACGCAUCAGAAACCUGGGCUCUGAGGUGAGCCUCAUAGAGGACCUGAUGGAUCCUGCUCUACAACAUGGAGAACUUGGACUCAUGUUCACCACUCUCAAAGCUUGCUACUACCAGAUUCAGAAUGAGAAGACUACAGGCAUCUAGAGGCAGAUAUGAUCACCAGGUCUUUGAGGUUUGGUCCACUGACACAGUUUUUGGAUGCAGUGCUUUACACUUUUUGAUCAAGCAGUUCAGCAAGCAGUUAUCCUCAUAUCCUCAAAUGUGACUGUACUGUUGGGAGGAAACUCUGCAUUGACAGUACUGAAAAAGAUGUUCAUCUUCUAUUUUUACAGCUGCCUCAUCGCACAGUAGUAUUUGUGAACUGUCUAUCUGAUUUUAUUUGCUGCUUUUUAUACACUGAUAUUUUACGAUGGGCUACUUUUGAAUUGUGCACAGGUCGUUAAAUCUCAAAAGGGAUUUUGGAAAUAUUGUUAAAGUAUUAUUGUUAUUGAACUUCAGUGGUUUUAACUGUUGAUUUAUUAUAGGGAUGCACUGACAUGAAGAUUUAUGGCCGAAACCGAACAAAACAUUUGGGCUAAGGCCAAUAGUCUUUUUCUUAAAUGUUUGUUUGUUGUUGCAGAUUUUUACCAUAUUUUCUGCACUAUAAGGUGCACUAUUAAUGAACAUCUAUUUUCUGGUCUAUAUUCAUACAUAAAGUGCACCGGAUUAUAAGGCACAUUGUGAGACACUAGUAAGGAACAGGGGUGUCGCCAUGUUUCCAUUCUAAUUUAGCAGAGUAAGUAAAAAAAAAAAAAAAAAAUUUAAUUUUAAAAUUGGAUGUUAAUGGAUGUUAAUCUACACAGAUUUCUCUCCUUUAUUUGGGUGAGUAAAGCACUUCCAUUUAAGUAAGUAAAUUUAGGUUUCCAGGGCGAUAUGUUUUCCCCACGUAGCUUGUUUUAACACUGUAAACAUGCAGGCUACGGGCCAAAAAUACUUACCUCUGAACAGUGAAAGAGUUUGCACUUUGCACGGUUAGCGGGUGAUGCUAUUGCUGCUCCAACAGUGCUAGCCAGGGUUAGCAGCAGGAUACACUCCAAUAUACUCGCCUCUGAAAAGCAAAAUUUGCAGCUAAUUUUAAUAAUACUUCAAGCCACGGUUUUAGAGAAAUGUCACUGAAACUCCCAUAUAACGCUGCACUUCAGUGGAGUGGCUUUAUUGCUAUUUACACCCUGACUGAUAAAAUUCAUAUAUAAGGUUUUUGGGAAAAUUAAAGGAUUUUAAUUUUAAUUUUAUAGUGCGCAAAAUAUGGUAAAUGUUAUAGCCUAAAUAGAUUUUUGUUUUGCUUUUCAAUAAGAGCAGUUACAAAAUUACAUACCAAACAUAAAUGUUGCUGAACGCUGUAUUUCAUUUAGUUUAUGCGAGUAGAGAUUAAAAUUGAACUUGAACUGCUGUUUGACGGCCGUUUGCCGCCUCUCUCCUUGAUCCGGUGUGCAGCACGACUGGGAGAUACCGCGAAGAUGCUGAACAGAUCCUAAUGUUAGCAGAAACGCUGCAAAUGUUUGGUGUGAAGUAUUAAGUCUUUUCACUUAUUUGUUUGACAAAUAUUUUCGGUUGCCAAAUAUUUGGUGCAUCCCUAAUUGACUGUAACUGUUAUAACUUGUAGCUAGCAUACUAACUGCACUCUCGAUGACCGCUUGUCUUGUGCACACUCCACACACCUCACUGUUACAGUUUCUGCCCUGAUUUAAGCAACCAUAAAGAGGGAAUUUAUAUACUGUAUUUUUGUAGUGCUAAAACACUGGAACCUUUUGGAAUGUAUUAUUUAGAUAAAUCUAUUUGUUUAAUGACUGAUUUUGUAGUUACUGAGUUCACUGACUAAAAACAGCGCUGUUCUGAAUGUAGCAUUAGUGAAUAAUAUGAAUACUAUUAUAUGUAGCCACCUGUAAAAAACGAAAUUAUCGUAAAACAGGAAAUGCCUGUCGAUAUAAAUGAAGCACUGGAAGAUUUACCAAAAAUAUCAACUAUAAUAGAUCAAAAUAUAAACUAUAAUACAAAGACAGAAAUUGUGAAAAAAGCACCAUGCAGAGUGGGUUACUUACAAUAAGUACUGUGUUUCAGUGCAGACAAGCGUUUUUGGAUGUGUGUAUGUCUAUUGGGUGUAUGUAAAUCCACACAUCCAUAUGUUACUGCCUUUGUCUUACUGAGCUCUUCUUUUCUACCACCAGCAUCAUCAGAACAAGUGUUAUUUUGUUUUUAACAUUUUGACCUAUUUUAACCAUUUGAAUCAGAAACUUGUUCUGUUUACAUUGUGUCAACAUUUCACAAUGUAUGUGCCCAUAUAAAUACUUCAAAUUAUUACUAAUAUUUUCCACUGACUUACAUGGAAAGUCAAAAAAGUCUUCUGUGAAUUAGUUGUUUUUGAACAUAUCAGGUUCCUAAUGAUCAUGAUGAUGUUUAAAAAUCUGUUACACAUUCUUCUUCAUGGAAUAUCUGCAUUUGGAAGUGUUUGUGACCUGUAAAAAUAAUGCUGUGCUUUUGUUACAUCUUCAACGUUUUGCUUUAGUGCAGUAAAGGGUCUCACUAAGCUGCUUAAAAUAUUUAAUGAAUAUUUUUGAUUAAUAGUUCAGUAGCUCUGUUAACACUUUUUUUUUACUACUGAAUAUUUCAAGACUGAGUUUUUUUUUAAGGUAAAUGAUAGUCGUUGCUCCUUCACCACCACAUAAAUGACUAUAACUGACUGACAAGAAAAUAGAGAAAAAGAGGUUAAUUUUUUUGUAUAUUAUUCUGAUUCUCUCGGUGAAGCUCAGGCCAUAAAGAGCAAAAGGGCUAACAUUAUUGUGAUAAAGGGCUUACUGAUAAUAUAGCUAUAAAUUGUCUGAGUGUGUUUUGUAACUCUAGUAGGGAAUUUCCUGUGAUCUGCUGAAUUGAUUUGAGUAAAUUACUGAGUUAUUACAGAAAUAAUAUAUAUGAGAAAAAUAAAUAAAUCUUUUAACAAAUAAA